UUGUACACGUUAUUUUUAAUAGUCUCGCGUCCUCAUCGUUUGCUUUUUUUUCUUGUACAGCUGACCGUCUACUCCUGCCUGCCGCUGCACGGCGUGUCUCGUUUCUGGGGAAGGCUUAACGAGUACAGCAUUCCUGUGUUCUUGCGACGGCCAAUCCUGGGUACGUUCGCUUGGCUGAUCGGCUGCGACUUGUCGGAAGCAGUUGAGCCGAACCUCGCUAGCUACCGCAACGCCAGCGAGCUGUUCCGACGCUCGAUUCGUGAGGAGCUGCGGCCGAUUGCUGCUGAAAAACUGGUAGCCCCGGCCGAUGGACUGAUCAUGCAGUGCGGCGAGGUGGAGAAAAACCAGGUCGAACAAGUGAAGGGUAUUAACUACGACUUGCACAGCUUCCUC